AUGGACGAAGAAAUUGAAGAAUUCGACGUUAAUCAAGUAGAUGUAGAGUUUUUUGAAUUUAAACUAUUACGUAAAAAUACUCCGAGUGUACGUUUAUCUGAAAAUGUCUUCGAUUUAUCCAAAACUCCAUCACAUUCCAACUUACUUGUUGUCUCUAAUCUUUAUGGAUAUUUUGUUGCUGCAUCAAAUAAAGACCUUCGUGCGAAGUUUGUGAAUUCUGAAACUUCUGAUGAAUUAAAAAUUAAUUUUGAUCAAAAGAUUCAUGUUGAUAUUUUAGAAGGUUGUGUGAUUUCUUUAAGACUUUCCUCUGAUCAACUAACAAUUAUAGUCGCUAUACAAGGUGGUAUAGUAUUAUACUAUGAUGUGACAAAAAUUGGAGUGGAGCAAUCUUCUAUUCAACCAUAUCAAAUAAUGAAAUUCUCGGAUGAGAUUAAAGAUAUUCGUCCAAAUUUAGGAGAAAGAUUCAACAUUGUUGCUAUUUUACUUGUAUCUGGUAUUGUGCAUAUUUAUGAUUAUUUAAAAAAUGAGCAAAUUGGAAUCAUAGAUAAUAUUAAAUUAGGAGAUCAAGUUACUGCUCUUUGUUGGUCUCCAAAAGGGAAACAAUUAGUAUGUGGCACACAAACUGGGAAACUAAUGCAACAUUUACCUGAAGGAAUAGUGAAGUCUUCAAUACAGCCACCAAAGCAAUUAAUUCAACCUUCAUAUUAUGUUCAGAAUAUAUUAUGGUUAGACACUCCAACAUUUAUAGUAGCUUAUUUUCCAGUGGUACAAGAUGAAAAUUCAGAUCUUGAAAAUUAUAUAGUAUUUUGCGAUUCAAAGAAAAAAACUGUAUAUCAACAUAUUAAAGAUUUGUGUCCAUAUAGCACUGAUGAGAGAAACCCUAAUCUUUACAUGGAAACAAUCAGAAAUUGGGGCCCUAGAUCAAAGAAUCUUGUUAUUUGUGCAAACGCUAAUUCAAUCAAUGUACAUGUGAUUACAUGCGAUGAAUCAAAUGAAUGGUUGUAUUGGUAUUUGCCUGAAGGAUCCGAUGCAUCACUACCUCUUGGUGAUGAUGAUAAUGACACCCUCCCUAUUGGAAUGGCAAUUGAUUUCACCGAUACUGAUACUUGGAUCACUCAAACGCCUAGUGAAGAUAGAGUUGAAAUACCAUCAGUUCCUAUUGUUUAUAUUUUAAACAACGCCUCCGACAUAUUAGCAUAUAGAUGUUUCCAUAGAGACGCUUUUGAAUCAGGGUUUAAUUGUUCAGAUAUGAUAACUCCUCAACCACUACCAACUAGAGGUCACUCCUAUGGGCUGCCUCCUCCCAACACAGACCUAUUGCUAACGAAUAAAACUAUUCCAGAAGAUACUCAACUACUAACAUCAGCAGCAUCAUCAACAGCAACAGCGAUAGCAACAGCAAUAGCACCAUCAACAGCAACAGCAACAGCACCAUCAAUAGCACCAUCAACAGCACCAUCAACGGUAACAGCAUCAUCAACAAGAUCAACAGCAAUAGCAUCAUUAACAGCAUCAUCAACAUCAACAGUAACAUCAACAGUAACAUCAACAGUAACAUCAACAGUAACAUCAACAACAACAUCAACAGCAACAACAACAUCAACAUCAACAGCAAUAACUUCAAACAAAAAGAGAAGGAAAUUUCAAACGCUGAAUGCUGUCGAUGCAAACAAUCAAUAUUUAGGCGACGACUCAAAUACAAUAACUAUUCAGGCAUUCAAACAUUUGUCGUUGGAAACAAGACGAUCGAAUGAUCAGGCUGAUGAAUUAAUAGAUGAAACAUCAAAUAUUACAUCCAAAUUAAACGAUGUUUAUAAAAAUAUUACUCAAACUGAAGCUCAUAUUAAAAAAGAUAUACAAAUAAUAGAAAAACAUGAAGAAAAUCAAACUUGUGAUUCCUUAAAAAGGCUUGGAUCAAUAGGAAAAAAUGUUAAGGAGAAAAUUGAAAAGUCUUAUCAAAAUACUAAAGAGACUGCUUUGGCAUUAGAAGUACAAGAAUCUCCUUUAGAAUAUAUUGAUCGUUCAGUUUCUAAUAUCAGUAAAUGCUUAUAUCGAAAUUCAUCUCAGAUGGAUUAUUUGAUUGAACAAUUAGAUGCACUCACUCUACAAAAAACCCAAUCUGAGAAAAAAAUUGUAAAAGAGCCGUCGUCGGCCUCAAAAAAAACUUCAACACAUAAAAAUAUUGAACAAAUCAAAUCGUCAUACAAGUUAAAUGAUAAUCUUUCUUAUUCAGAUGAAGCAGCCAAAAUAGCAACAGAUUAUUUCAAUAAGGAACAUGCCUUCAACAAAUUGAAAGAUAUAAAUAAAUUCAAAAGAAAAAACCCAGUCAAUAAUUUAUUCGAUCCUGAAAUGAGUCUUGAAGACACAAUCACCAACAAAAAUAUUGAAACUUUAAAAGAAAUAAAGAAAUCAACAACAAUAUUAGGCGUAGUAGAGGAAGAUGCUCCCAGAGUCGAUGAAGAUGAAAAAGAUAGAAAAGAUGAGGAAGAUGUUGUAUUUGAAGCUGCAUUAAUAUCAUCAUUAUCUUUCACUCAACCAACUUCUCAGCCUGCAUCAUCAUCUGCAUUAAUAUCAUCACCUUUCGCUCAACCAACUUCUCAGCCUGCAUCAUUAUCUGCAUCAAUAUCAUCACCUUUCGCUCAACCAACUUCUCAGCCUGCAUCAUCAUCUGCACUAACAUCAUCACCUUUCACCCAAUCAACUUCUCAGCCUGCAUCAUCACCUGCAUUAAUAUCAUCACCUUUCGCUCAAUCAACUUCUCAGCCUGCAUCAUCAUCUACAUUAACAUCAUCUCCUUUCUCUCAAUCAACUUCUCAGCCUGCAUCAUCAUCUGUAUUUGGGCAAUCUGCGUUUUCACAACCUGCGUUUGGGCAACCUGCGUUUGGUCAACCUGCAUUUGGUCAACCUGCGUUUGGUCAACCUGCGUUUGGUCAACCUGCGUUUGGUCAACCUGCAUUUGGUCAACCUGCAUUUGGGCAACCUGCGUUUGGUCAACCUGCGUUUGGGCAACCUGGUUUUGGUUCUUCGUCUCUUGGUUUAAAUACUACACCUUUAAAAACACCGAGUAGCGGUGGAUUUGCUCGUUACACAAAGUGA